GCGCCACCCACCAAUCGCUAAACUUAGCUUGUCAGCAUCUGCAAUAGAAAGAAGAGAGGAAAAAGGAGUAGUGUAGCUUCUUCUCAGCCAAUCAAAAGGCAGUUCUUGUAAUGUUCAUUAGAUGAUACUAGGGUAACUAGUCAGACAGAGAAGGGAAUUGGUUCUGCGGGUCUUGGCCAAUGGGUUUUCAUAUCAAGCGGAGGGGGUAGGGCCAGACUCUGGCGCAACCGCCUAGGUGAGCAGUGCUCUUGUCUCUGUUGCCGCUGCAGCCUCGUAGAGAAAGAUGACCGUGGGGAGAUCUGCAGCCGGAGAAUGCGGAGAACUAGGCAGCCAGAUAUUUUGCCCCAGAUCAUCCUCAGACUCAGAGACCGAGGAAGAACCACAUGAGAAUGGAAUUGUCUUCCACAGGACAGGAAAACUGAAGGAUUUCCUCCAAGAAGAGACUGAGACAGACUUGACUACUUCUGACUCAGAUGACUGCUUUUAUGAGAUUUUGCAGACACAGAAGAAAAAAAUCAGACACUGCUCAAACUCAGUAUAUCAGGCAAAGCUGGACAAGGAGAGGAUUGAAGCCUCUAGAGAGGAUGAGGAAUUGGAGAAUUUUUUCCAAGACAAUAACAGACAGAGAGCACAGGCCAAGUUUCAUCAGUCUUUUAUCUCUGACAACCCAAAGUCCAGCUCCUUGAGUGACCUUACGCAAGAAAGCCUGUAUGGUCAAGCAAGGUGUUACUCAGCUUCUGGCCUCUGUCCGCCACAUAGGAGUACCCUGGCCUGGGUCUCCUCUGUUACUACCCCAGAGCCCUUUCAGAUGACAGUGAGAGAAUCACUUAAGAAGUUCCGAUGUCUGCCAUCUUGUGCCUCAUUUGAACAAAGAAAACAACAAGCAGAGAAGCAGAACCAAGAGGAAGCUGAGUGCCAGAAGAAAUUCCAGGCUCAGCCAGUGCCCGCUCAUGUCCAUCUGCCCCUCUAUCAGGAGAUCAUGGAACGGAAUGAGGCCCGAAGACAAGCAGGAAUCCAGAAAAGGAAAGAAUUGCUCCUUUCUUCUCUUAAGCCCUUCAGCUUCCUGGAAAAGGAAGAGCAAAAAAAGGAAGCCAUUCGACAGAAGGGCUCAGUAGCAAUGAUUCAGUUGAAGUCUUCAAAGCAAAAAGUCACCAAGAAGAUCCCCAAGUCGGUCUUGGAGCCAGCCCUGGGUGACAAGCUCAAAGAAUCUGAACUGUGCAGGAAACUCCGUAUACAGAGACGGGCUACUGACCUCCUGCAGACAGCUUCAUCCCCCAUCACUUCUAAUAGAUACACUGAUCCAAAGUCUCGAAUAUCCACUCGAACAUGGCAAGAAAAACUCGGUUUCCUGCAGAGAGACUUUGCUUUCCGACCUAGGGUGAAUCCCAGUGUCCCUGACUUUCAGGGUCUUUACUGGGCCUUCCAAAAAGAAGCUGCCCAAAAAAGGGAGAACCGAGAAGCGACACAGAACAAACCAUUCCAGCUGAGAACUGCUAGUCUCCAUCACUGCCAGAGGCCCAGCAAGGAAGCAACAGAACCAAAGAAUGCUUCACAGUCAUCCAUGGCUCCAUUACAAAGGAGCCAUUCUCUGAAUGGUCUUGCCUCCCUCUCCCCUAACACCCUUCCAGUACAUAUCACAGAUGCCACCAGGAAAAGGGAAUCUGCUGUCAGAUGCUCACUUGAAGAAAAGAAAGAAAAAGAGAAUGAGAGUGCCCGCUGGUUGGAACAACAUAGGAAGAAAUGUCGAUCUAUGUUUAAAUCUGUGACCUCACGAGCAAAAGCCAUGGAUCCCCAUAAAAGCUUGAAGGAGACAUACAGAGCAAAGCUUAAAGAGAACUGGCUCAAUGACCAAAAGAGAACAAAAGAAUAUAAAGAAGAACUGGAGGAAAUGAAGAGGAGAGUCCAGAAUAGACCCUAUCUCUUUGAACAAGUGACCCAGGUCUGUGCCAGGAAAGAGGCCGAGCGCAGAUACCGAGACAUAUUACGGAAGGUUGGUUUGGAUGAGGACUUUGUGAGGAACAAAGGGCAAGAUGCCAUUGAUUUGGAAUGGAGUGAAGAAGACAAGGAAGGAACUGAUUCCCCCAGCCUCCAUGAAGCCAAGGAACUCUUGGGCAGUAGUCCAUAGCAAGAUUCAGAAGAAUCCUUAGAAGAAAUGAAACCUACUCCCUUGGAGGAAGAUUUUAUGGACCUGCCCUUGGAAUCACCAGAUACUUUGAAACAACUAGUCUGAUGGUUUUUCUCUCGUUACUGAAAAAAAAAAAAAGGCUAAGCCGCAAGGUUGGGGUUUUGAGAGAGGAUAGACCAAGAAGCAAUGGAGGCUUCUUGGAGAAUUGUUUUACAUGUGGGCUUGUGGGUUAGUAUUUAAGCUCAUACAGUUUUGGAGCACUAUAGAAAGUGCCCAUUCUAACCCUCUUUUGAAUCCAUGAAUUUCUGCUUUUUACUAUCAUAGAUGACUUACUUCUUUUCCAGGACUUUGAUCCAUCAAUCAUCUGCCUUCUUUUUGCAUCUUCAAUCUUCUCCAUCGAAUCGUUCCUUCUAUCAUCACACAUUCUCAGAUCUCUACCAACCUAAACAAAAAACCCCAAACCUUUCUCCUCCACUCCAACUCCCAUUCCAAUUUUCUUCUCUUUUUUUAACUGCUUUAACUUAUUAAAAAUCACAGAAUCUCAGAACUUUGGAAAGGAUUGCAGUAAUCUGCAGUAAAUCUUCAAACUAUACUUGGCAGGGAAAAUGCUCCAUGACAAGUUCCAAAAGACGUGGUUAUCCAGCCUUUGUUUGACUACUUCAGAGAGGAGUCACCCACUACUUUUUGAGGGAGCCCAUUCUACUUUUGAACAGUUCUCAUUGUAAGAAAGUUUUUCCUUACUUCAUACUCAAAUUUGCAUCUUUCCUGAUUCUACUUAUUGCUCCCUAGUUUUGCCUUCUGGAACCAAAUAGAAAAAGUCUAAUGUCCAAAAUGAUAACUUUUUGGAUAUUUGAAAAUAAUUCUCUCCUGAGCCUGCUCUUCUCCAGGCUCUAAGCAUCCCUAGUUCCUUGAACCAGUCCUCAUGUGGCAGAGGUUCAAGGCCCCUCACCACUUUGGAUGCUUUCUACCUUUCUUAAAUAUGAGCACAUUUUAUCAGACUGUGGCCUGACUAGAGCAAAGCUCAAUGGAAUGAUCACCAUCUUAUUCCAGGAUGCCAUAUUUCAGGGUUGAUCCCUCCACUUCUUUACUGUUCCCUCCUCCUUUAGUCCCUUCUAAUCUGGUUUCUGUUCCCAGAACAGAAAUUAUAAACUGAUAAUUGAUAGAUCCAUUAACCCCUUCUUAGUCCUAAUCAUUUUUUGCUGAAUUUAAUAAAAUUCUCCUUGAACUCUGCAACAUUUUAUAUUGUUAACAUCUCUUUCCACUUCUCUAAACCUUUUGCUUUUUUGAUACUUUGACCUUGUGGUUUUCUUCCUGCCUCACUAAUCAUGACUGUGUCUCCUUCCUCAUGUAUGUAGGUGUUCCCCAAAGUUCCGUCUUCAGCACAUACCUGUCUAUUAUAUAUAUAUUCUCUCUUCACCAAAUCACCUAUUCCCAUGGCUAUAAUAUUACUCUUAGGGGGGGUAGCUGGGUGGCUCAGUGGAUUGAGAACCAGGCCUAAAUACAGGAAGUCCUGGGUUAAAAUCUGGCCUCAGCCACUUCCGUAGCUGUGUGACCCUGGGCAAGUCACUUAACCCACGUUUCCUAGCCCUUACUGCUCUUCUGCCUUGGAACCAAUGCCAACUAUGGAUUCUAAAAUGAAAGGUAAGGAUUUGGGUUUUUUUUUUUUUAUUGUUACUCUUAUGGAUGACUCCUAAAAUUAGAACUCUAGCUUCAACCUUUCUUCUGAGCUCCUGACCCAUAUUUAUUGGGCAUCUGUCUCCAAUACUCUAGAUCUGUCAUCUCAUUAAUAUGCAUGCUUUCUUCAACAAAGAAGAUUGCAAGGGACAGCUAGGUGGCUCAGUGUAGAGAACCAAGUCUGGAGAUGGGAGGUCCUAGGUUCAAAUCUGGCCUCAAAUACAUCCUAACUUUGUGACCCUGAGCAAGUCUUAACCUCCAUUGCCUAGAUCUUGCUGUUCCUCUGAAGGUUAAAAAAAUCAAAAACAAAGAUUGCACUACAUCUAUACCUGCCCUUCCUAUUCAGAACAUAUCAAUUUCCUCCCCUUAAUUCUCCAUGGAGGGUCUACCCAAUGUACUCGAGUGUUCCUUAAAGCGUUUUUGAUACUGCGAUGUCCCGGGGCAGCACAUAGGUCUAUUAGUUAUCCUUCAUUUUCACCAUGCAACCCACUCCUUUUUACCAUGUAUUUCUUUAACAAUAUCCUUUAGAAUAUACCUCCCAUAUAAUUCCUUAUUUUAAUGUGUUGCCAUCUGUUCAUGCCAGCCAUGCACUCUCCAUUGCCCUUUGGGUCAUACUCGGCUUCAGUUCUGUGGAGACUUUUGUUCUGUAUUCCUUUAAUCACCGCCAUACAAAGUCAGAAGAAUAUUGGUAUUCAAAGGACAGGCCUUUAUUUUAGGGAACAGCUUGAGGUCAUUAAAAAUCACACAUUUCCCAAAGGUAAUAGUUAUUUCCUCCUCUUCUUGGUCAACUUUGGGCUAAUCUCAUCCAUUUGCAGCAACUGCUCAAGCUGUAUCCUGGACCUGGACCUGGGCACCCCCCCCCCCUCGUGAUCGAGCCAGCCUGGCCUCCACACCUCACACGACACUCAUCUAUUUCUGUGCCUUUUUUCUGUCUUUCUCACACACCUGGAAUACACCUCACCACCUCCCAGACCCUCUCUCCCUUUAGCACCAUCUUGGGCCUAAAGCCUUUCCUGACCCCUCUCAACUCUUCAUGCCCUUCCGCCCAAACUCCCUUGUAUCUGACUGUCCAUUUGCUUUCUGUUUAUGUUGUAUAGAUUUCCAUGUUCUCAUCCUUCCCCGUUGGAAUGGAAACUCCUCGUGAUUAGGGACUGCUUCAUCCUUUGUACUUAACAUCCCCCACACCUGGUACAGUGGCACAUAACAGGCGCUUAAUAAACUCUUGUCUAAAAUAAGUCAUACUUUGACCACUGGGCUUUUCCUGUGUGGUUAGCAGGCCAAACGCGUGUUUGUAGAUCUAGAGAAGACUGCACUGCUGAGGCCUCAAUACAAUAAGUACAAAGUCAUGCAAAUAGGAGCUGUUAUAGCACCAUCUGUAGGAAAAAAGUCCUUAUUUUGGUCCUCACCAGACCUCUGUGCUUGAAGUGAAGGCCUUUAGUGAGUAUAUAUCUCCCUGUUUUAGCACUUGCUAUAACAACUGGAGAAUCAUUACAUGAGGUUCUUGCUGUUGUUAUAAAGAAUCUUUUUCUUUUCACUUUAAGUAUUUUCUUCAUCCAAUUACAUAAAAAAUUUUUUACAUUCAUUUUUUUUAAGAUUUUGAGUUCCAAAUUCUCUCCCUCCUUUCCUCAAGAUAAGCAAUUUAAUAAAGGUUAUACAUGUGCUAUAAGGAAUGUUGGGGAAAUUCUGACAUGUGCAUGGGAAGGCACAUUGUUGGGGAAGAGCAUUUUGUUUUUAUAAAAGACAAGCACAGUGACAUGGUGUAGAAUUCUCUGCCUCUUUUGGCAAGUUGUGUCAUGGUAAAGAUAAGGUCUACUAUGAAAUAUUGCUUACAAAAGCCACAUAGAUUCAACAAGGAUGUCCUUGAUGUACAUUAUUAUUAUUAUAGAAAUUUUGUAUAGAUUGGAAAGGCAUGUGGGCUGAUGGUUGCUGAUGGCACCUUUUAAUGGUAAUAAGGCCUGAGAUUUCCCCCCCAAUUUUUUUCGUGUCUUUCCCAUCUUCAGAUACUUUGAGAAUGAAUCCUUCAGUUUCCUCAGAACUGUUGCAUGCAGAUGUCUUCUAUAUAUCCUUCCCUGGUCCAAACCAACUGGUUUUCCCACAUUUUCUUUAGUUCCACUUCCUCAAUAAGUAUAUAAAUGUAACUUCAGAUAGGGCUAGAAUGUUAGAGCUCAUAUAUAGUGGCUCCACUGACAGUGCAGCAUUUGUUAGAAAAAAACGUGGAUCUUGUCCAGCUUUUGGUUGGUGGUUGUCCUCUUUCAUCCUUAAUGCCGUUGGGAUAACUUAGUUCACUUUCUUUUGACCUUUCUCUAAAUUCAGUAGAGUACAAGACUCUUGGCAAGGGAAAGGAAAUGCAGGAAUAUACAUCCACUUUUUUCAGAGAACAAAGCUUGGGGUUGAAGUCAGAAGCUAAGAAUAAGGCAAAUUUGUUCCAAAUGAUGAAUACAGUUACUGAAUCCUUCAUGCAUGAGGUCAGAUUUGCAUACUGCAUGUUGACAGCACCAUCAGUUUGUAUGCAAAUAAGUUACGAUUUCCAUUCUGUUUGCUUCAUUGAAACAUGAAGUUCACAUAAAGAACAUGAAAAAUGAAAUGGAUAAUUUUGGUUACAUUAAAUUAAAAUGACUUUGUACACAGAAAAUCAAUGCAACCAAUAUUAGAAGUGAAACAACAAAUAGGGAAAAUUUAUAGCAGGUGUCUGACAAAGACCUCAUUUCUCAAAUAUAUAGAGCCAAGUCAAAUUUAUAAGAAUACAAAGCAUUCACCAAUCAAGUGGUCAAAGGCAAUGAAAUGAAAAUGAAAAAUGAAAACCAGUCAUAUUAAAAAAAUCACUUAAAGAAAUGCAAAUUAAAACAAUUUUGAGAUACCACUUCAUACCUAUCAGAUUGGCUAACAUGAUGAAAAAGGAAAAUGAUAAAUGUUGGAGGGGAUGUAGAAAAAUUAGGACACUAAUACACUGUGUAACUGCAAACUGAUAUAAACAUUAUGGAAAGCAAUAUGGAACUAUGCCCAAAGGGCCAUAAAACUCUGCAUAUCCUUUGACCCAACAAUAUCACUACUGAGUCUAUCCCAAAGAAAUCAGAGAUAGGGGGAAAAGGAUUAUUUGCAUUAAAAUGUAGCUCUUUUUGUAAAGUGGCAAAGAAUUGGAAACUGAGGGAGUGUUCAUCAACUAGAGAAUGGGUGAAACUGGUAUAUGGGUGUAAUGGAAAAACUAUUUUGCUGUAAGAAAUGAGGAAUGGGAUGGUCCUGAAAAACCUAGGCAGACAUAUGAAUUGGUACAAAGUGAAGUGAGCAGAACUAGAACAAUGUAUUAUAGUAACAGAAAUACUGUAUAAUCAUCAACUGAGAAGGACUAAACUAUGAUCAGCAAAACAAGGCUCCAAGAUAAACCCAAGGGACCUAUGAUAAAAAAUGCUGUCCACAGCCAAAGAAGGAACUAUUGGAGUCUGAUUGCUGAUCAAAGCAUGCCAUCUUUUCCUUCAUAAGUUUUUUAUUGUAUGUGUGAUGUGUCUUUUGUCAUAGCAUGAGGAAUUUUAUGUAUUGCAUGAAAGCACUGAUAUAACCUGUUUUCUAACUAUUAAUAUUAACUAUAUAAUAUUAUAUAACUAUUUUCUGGCUCUGGGAGGGAGGGAAAGAAUCUAAAUUGCAAAAUAUCAGAAAACAAUUGUCAAAAUUGUCAAUAAAGUUUAAAAAAUUUGAAAACUCAA